AUGGCGCCCGAUCUCUCAUCCCAGAACAUCUGCUUCAUCGGAGGAGGCAACAUGGCGGCAGCCAUCAUCUCAGGCCUGGUCGCCACAUCCUUCUCGUCCUCCAAGUCCCAGAUCCACGUCUCAGAGCCCUGGGACGUGAACCGCAACAAGAUGGCCGCCCUCGGCGUCCGCACCACCUCCUCCAACGCCGAGGCCGCCACGGGCGCCAACAUCCUCAUCCUGGCCGUGAAGCCACAGGUCGCCAAGGAAGUGUGCCAGGAGCUCGCGGGCGUGUGGUCCGGCGCAUCCUCAGCGGACAAGGGCGCCGAGGAGCCGCAGGCCAAGAGGGCCAAGGUCGAGGGCGAGGGCGAGCUGCCCCUGGUCGUGAGCAUCGCGGCUGGCAUCACGGCCGAGAGCCUGCGCAAGUGGUGCACCACCUCGGACGGCCGGACGCCUCCCGUGGUCAGGGUGAUGCCCAACACGCCUGCGCUGCUGGGCGAGGGCGCCUCGGGCCUCUUUGCCGGGGCCGAGGUCAGCUCUGAGCAAAAGGACCAGGUCACGGCGCUGUUGGGCAGUGUGAGCAAGACGACUGAGUGGGUCGAGAAGGAGGAGUUGUUGGAUGUCGUCACGGGUCUGUCUGGCUCCGGCCCCGCCUAUUUUUUCGCCAUGGUAGAGCACCUCAUCACCGCCGCAACCAAGCUCGGUCUGUCAGAAGAACAGGCCACCCGCCUGGCCAAGCAGACGUGUCUCGGCGCAGGCAAGAUGCUCGUCGAGGCAGAUGCCGAGACUACACCGUCGCAACUGCGCAGGAACGUCACGAGUCCCAAGGGCACGACCGAGGCGGCGCUCAAGAGUUUUGAGGCGUCAGGGUUCGAGGCGAUCGUGGACAAGGCUGUGAAGGCUGCUACGGACAGGGGGGAGGAGCUCGGCAGAACGCUGGGGGAGAUGUGA